AUGAAUGCACCUGGAAAUAAUCAAAUGAUUGCCCCAAAAAUUCAAAAGCAAUUGGUGAAUGCUUGUGCAGUUGAGACCACAAAUGCUAUUCUAGCUGAUCUUGGAGAUAGAUGGUUCACUUUACUACUUGAUGAGGCUCGUGACUGUUCAGUGAAAGAGCAAAUGGCAGUUGUUAUUAGAUAUGUGAACAAGCAUGGAGAGGUGAUUGAACGAUUUAUGGCUGUAGUUCAUGUUGCAACAACUACAGCUGCUUGUUUGAAGGAGGCAAUCGACUCUUUAUUUGCUAAGUAUGGUUUAUCAGUGGCGAGAUUGAGGGGUCAAGGAUAUGAUGGUGCUUCAAAUAUGUCUGGAGAAUUUAAUGGCUUAAAGUCACUGAUAAUGAAAGAAAAUCCGUAUGCAUUAUAUGUUCAUUGUUUUGCUCAUCAACUCCAGCUAGUGGUUGUAGCCGUUGCUCAAGCAAAUCAAUAUGUUUGUGAUUUCAUGUGGAUUGUUGGUUCGAUUGUGAACACAUCUGCAUCAUCUUGCAAAAGGGCCGACAAACUUCGACAACUUGAACAUGAUAGAAAAGUUAAACUUCUUGAAAGAGGAGAGAUUAGUUCUGGUAGAGGACUAAACCAAGAAACUAGUCUAGCUAGACCUGGAGAUACACGAUGGGGGUCUCAUCAUUCAACUUUAUGUCGUAUUGAACAAAUGUGGCCAUCUGUUAUAGAGGUUCUUCAAAAUUUGAUUGAUGAUGGUGAUCGUUCUUCUAAGGGUUUAAGUAGAACUUUGGUUGAAAGAAUGGAGAGAUUUGAUGUACAGAAGUUAGUGUGCCUGGCUCAUUUUUAUGAGGAUGAUUUUUCUUGGAAUGAGCGUAUGUUGGUUGAACAAGAGCUUGAAACAUAUAUUGAUGACGUCAGAUCAGAUGAACGGUUUGAAGGCAUUUCAGAUUUGGGAGCUCUUGCAAAGAAAAUGAUUGAAACAAUGAAGAACCGUGUGUUUCCUUUGGUUUAUCGGAUGAUUGAGCUAGCCUUACUUCUUCCAGUUGCUACUGCAACUGUUGAAAGAGUGUUUUCGGCAAUGAAUAUUGUCAAAACAGAUUUGCGAAACAGGAUUGGAGAUGAAUGGAUGAAUGAUAGUUUGGUAGUAUAUAUCGAGAAAGAUGUUUUUAAUACUGUCGACAAUGAGCCAAUUUUACAGCGUUUUCAGAACAUGGAGUCUCGAAGAAUGCAAUUGUCACGUAUUCGUUAG